CCUACAACCUCGCUUUUUUUUCUUCUCCCUCUCCAUACAAAUCUCCCAUGUGCGACAACGCCAUCCUAAAAGCCCAGCCUCGUGGCGGAUAUCCAAAGUAGAAUAGGUUUCUUCGGGUGCCUUCUUGCUUCACCCGUUUUGAAUUUUCUACCGUCCAACUACGUGCCUCUAAUUGGCAAGAGGGGUAGGCCAGGGCAUGUCGUCAAGUGAUAUCCCACUUGAGAACCAUCUUCGUCACACAAGGUACAUCUCGGAACUACUUGAUCGCAAAAUGACUUCGUCCGCGUCAACGACGAAAUCUCUGAAGCACCCCUUCACGAGACAAGUCGAGGAAGUGAAGACCCCUAAGAGUGAUAUCAACGCUUUAAUCCUUGAUUAUUUGACCGUCGCUGGGUACCCAAAUGCUGCUGCCAAAUUCUCUACCGAAGCAAAUCUAUCACCUCAACAACCGUCCACCGACAUUCAUGCCAGACAGCAGAUUCAGACAUUCAUACACAAAGGGGAAAUCGAAAGUGCUAUCCAUGCCCUGAAUGAUCUCAAUCCUUCUAUCCUCGAUGAAGACGAGCCUCUUCAUUUUGCACUUCUUCGCCUCCAGUUGGUGGAAUUAAUCCGAAAAUCACGUCCUGGUGGUGAUAUUGGACCUGCUUUAGAAUUUGCACAGACGCAGUUGGGACCCAAGGCUCCGCGAACCCCUCAGUUCCUAGAGGACUUGGAAAAGACGAUGUCGCUUCUCGUGUUUGAUCACGAUAAUUUGGAUCCUUCCUUGGCCGCACUUCUUCAGCCAGAGCUUCGACAAGAGGUCGCUGAUAGGGUCAACAAAGCAAUCCAACAGCGAAGUGCUGCUGCUAUCCGUCAUCUAGUACAGAUGCGAGCAUGGAGUGAGGAGGUUGUCCGCAAAGAGGGCAAGAAGGAUCUUCCAGCAAGAAUUGACCUAGGCCUAGAUGGUGAUGAUUCAGGCGGAGUUGAGAAUGGCCAUGAACCUAUGAUCACGACCUAGUGACUCGGCGAUCAGGUUUUCCUCGGCAGUCUUAAUGAUUUUGGUCGGGCCUUGUCUAUAUUCGGCCCUGAACUGGAAGCUGGGAAGUGGGAUAUGUUAUGAUGAGGCGUUAUUGAAGGUCAGGUAGGCGUUAUGAAUCAGGAAAUACCCAGUAAUGGGCCUCUAGUAGUUACCAGGCGUUUAAGGUUCACGGCUGGUAAUUAUCUAUGCCAUGCAUAUAAAGAGCAUCGUGAUCACUCAAGGCAUGAUUCAUAUGAAGGUUUAUGGGAACAGAGUGCGGCGGUCCAACACGGACCGCCUAGCAAGGCGUACAGCACUCGGAUGUGUUAAAGAUACCAUUGUCUAGGUAGCAUAUGUAUUUACAGAACCAUAAGAUUCGUUUCCCCAAGUUCAUUCC